AUGGAUGGAGUUGAAUUUGAAGGCACUACCCAUCCCACGGUAGUUGAACAAUGGCCCAAGUGCAUGGAGAGGGUCAUUGAACGACUAGAGUAUACUAAUGCUGCCAAAUUUAAGUAUGAUAUCUCUCUUUUGCAAAAAGAUGCCUAUGAUUGGUGGGUAAGUGUGCCAAAUGCAAAAGAAAAAUCUCCAGUGCUUACUUGGGAUGACUUUAUAAAAGCAUUUCGUGUGAAAUAUGUCCCCCAUGUCUAUUGUGAUGCUAAGAAAAAAGAGUUUCUGAAUUUAAGACAAGGGAGUGUGUCUAUUGCAGGGUAUCAACAAAAAUAUCUUAGGCUUUCUCGCUAUGCUGGAGGUACUAUUGAUGAUGAAAGGGACAAGUGCGUAAUAUUUGAAGAAGGAUUAAAUGGUUCCAUCCGAAAAUCUAUGGCAAUCUUGCAACUUGAGGAUUUUUCCAAGCUAGUUUCAGCUGCUCUUACUUGGAAAAGAAUUGACAAGGAAGAAGCUAGUAGGAGAGAAAACAAGUUUAGGAAGGGUGAUUCAGAUUGUGGCGGUCCAUCCAAGAAGGAAAAGUUUGACUAUUCCAAGAUUGAAAGUUCACAUAAGUCACCAUAUCAUAAGCAGAAUAAGCCAAAUUUCUCUACUGCUAGUACUCCAAUUUAUGGCCAAGGCAAAACUUAUAUACCUACUUGUGCACUGUGCGGGAAGAAUCACUAUGGUGCUUGUAGAAGAGACUCUGGUGCUUGUUUUAAUUGUAUAAUCCUGGAUCACAAAGUGAAGGAUUGUCCUAAUCCUCUUUCUUCUACACAUACAGAGGGCUCAGUUCAAAAGCCUAUCACUACUCAUUCUCAAGCUAAUAGAGGUGCAAUCCCUAGAAAUAUGCAAGCAGCGGGUUCGAGUGGAGCUAAUCAGGCUAGUGGGUAA